UUGCUAGGCGGAAGUGGUCAUCACAUACGCAGCUGGUGCGGAACACUUCCGCCUUGUGUAGCGGAGCAGCUAGUGGCUCCAUGAGCGGAGUUCGCGCUCUGAGCGUCGGAUAGUGCGGUUUAAUCUCGCUCUGGGUUUCACAUGAACGGUGUUUAAAGCACUGAUCCUUCACCACCUCCUCCAGUCACGGUUGGUCUUUUCUCCCAUGCGGUUGUGGCUGUAUUGAGGAUGACAAUGGAAGAGAUGAAGAAUGAAGCUGAGACGAGUUCGAUGGUAUCGAUGACGUUAUACGCCGUCAUGUAUCCUGUCUUCAACGAGCUGGAGAGAAUAAACCUGUCAGCAGCUCAGACUCUGCGUGCAGCUUUUAUUAAAGCAGAGAAAGAGAACCCGGGUCUCACUCAGGAAAUCAUCAUAAAGAUCCUUGAGAAGAAAAACAUGGAGAUUAAUUUCACAGAGUCGUUACUGCGCAUGGCUGCAGAUGAUGUAGAAGAGUAUCUGAUCGAGAGGCCAGAACAGGAGUUUCAGGAUCUGAAUGAUAAAGCCCGAGCACUGAAACAGAUUCUGAGUAAAAUUCCAGAUGAGAUAAACGACAGAGUGCGCUUCCUCCAGACUAUAAAAGACAUUGCCAGUGCCAUAAAGGAGCUGCUAGACACCGUCAACAACGUCUUCAAGAAAUACCAGUAUCAGAACCGCAGGGCACUUGAACACCAAAAGAAGGAAUUUGUGAAAUACUCAAAAAGUUUCAGUGACACGCUGAAGACCUACUUCAAAGACGGAAAAGCAAUAAACGUGUUCAUUAGUGCCAACCGACUGAUUCACCAAACCAACCUGAUCCUGCAGACCUUCAAAACCGUUGCCUAGGAAACCGUGUGAGAGUGGGAGUGAGUGAGAGAGAGAGAGAGAGAGAGUGGGAGUGAGUGAGAGAGAGAGAGAGAGUGGGAGUGAGUGAGAGAGAGAGAGAGUGGGAGUGAGUGAGAGAGAGAGAGAG